GCACACCAGAAAAUAACUCAGCCGAUCUGAGCAUGGCGUCGGGUCAUUUGUGCAAGCUGCACGGUCUCUUAACGCGACUUUCUACCGGCACACAACUACGACAUGCACAAACAUGUUUGGUGCCAAUGCGACUGAAGUCCAGUGUCAGUGGUCCUUCACUUGAUGCCCCUAACUGUAAUGUGGAAAUCGGUGUGACUUCAGAUGGGAGAACCAUAGUGUGCUACCAUCCCACUGUGGACGUUCCCUAUGAGCUUACCCAGCCUAUAGAACAUCCAGACCCCCUGACCCAUUCGGUUGAGACCCACGACCAGAUUCUAAAGGCACACCUCAGCAAAGAGGUGCUGAAGGACCAAAAAGGGCCCACUAUAGAGGAGCUAAGCAAGAUGUUUUUCACAACCAAACACCGCUGGUAUCCAGUAGGACAGUACCACCAGAGACGCAGGAAGAAGGAUCCCCCAAAGGACAAAUAGUUGAAGGCCAAACUUACAAAACAGCAAAUGUUGUUUUUGUUUUUCUCACAAUAAUGUAUAAUAAACUGUUGAAUAUUA